AUGCGGGGUGAGCGGUGUUGUGGAGGCUUCGAAGUGCAUGUGCGGGGCUCGGGGGUGAAGGCGCGGGGGAGAGGCGGGAGUGCCGCGGGCCGCCACUUCUCUGUACUCGAGGAGCCCUGGUACACCUCGGUUUCCGGCGGUUGCUCCCUCGCGAAUUCGCAAGUGUCCCGCCGCGCUGAGACCUGCUCACCCCGACCGGCCACGUGCUUGCCCUUUGCCUGUUGA